AUGGCUUUAAAACUGCCUGUUUUAAAUGUUAAUAGUUCUUCAGAUGUGGGAAUAACAGUACCAGGGCUAACGCAAAUUGAAUGGACCGAUGUAACAGAAAGGUCCAAACUCGGUGAAGGCAGCUUUGGCGAAGUAUAUUCGGCAAAAAUUAAUGACAAAUUUGUCGUAAUCAAAAAGCUUAGAAGACAGAAAAAACAGAAGGAGAGAGAUUUAUUUGUGAAAGAAGUGCGAAUACUAAGCGGUUUGCGCUGUAAACAUAUUGUGGGCGUCGAAGGCUACUGUUCAAACCCUGUCGCAGUGAUUCUCGAGUAUGUUUAUUUUGAUUUUAAACCCCUCGGAAUUGAUGGUGAUCGCAUCUCUUCUCUGAAUGAAUACCUGGAUUUUCUUUGCAAUGGUGAAGUCGUGUACCAGUUAUCUUUCCUUCAACAAAAAAUCGCACGGGAUGUCGUUACGGCUAUCGAUUAUCUUCAUGAUGGAAACAUUGUGCAUAGGGACAUCAAACCGAGAAAUGUGUUAGUCUCCAACACCCACUACUGUCACUUGACGGAUCCCCAUGAAAUCCAACAAGCUUGGUUACAGGAAGGCAUUGUAUGCAAACUUGCAGAUUUUGGUGAAAGCCGAUCCGUAUUGCAUCAAACUGCAACUAUUCACCACACGCGAACAACAAACCUGCAAAGAGGAACACUUGUAUACAACCCACCCGAGGCCGUGGUUGGCACAAAAAACCGUGUUUCUUAUUCCUUGGAGGAAUUAAAAUAUGGUGACAUUUGGUCCUUGGGGAUGCUUUUGUUUAUGUUGUUGAAUCCUGACCAGGAAUUUCCAUAUUCCCAAGAAAUGGAGGAUCUUAAUGUAGAGAGUGCUUCAGAAGCAAAAGAUGUGAUUGGAAACCUCAUGGACCAGAAAAAGAAACUAGCACAUUCCACCAAAUACGAUUCCCUUCGUGUUACUCAGUGGUCAUACAUUAAUGAAGCCUAUGAAAUGUGCACAUCUUUUCAACCCAGUCAAAGAGCCUCUGCACAUGAUGUGUUAACUGUGCUGUGUCAAGGUAAUUUGAAGAAUUUUAAUUAAUGAGCUUUAGUACUGUAAAUUGAAAUCACUAACUUUGACUCAUUGAAUUACAGUAGAUGAUAAAAACCAAGGCAUCGCACCACCACAGGUAAACUUUACACACCAUAUUUCCUAUAUUUACAGCCGUGGCAGUGGAAGAGUUCCUAAAAUUCUGUAUCAAUUCAUUUGCUUUAUACACGAACCAACUCAUUGAUCAAAUAUUUGAAAAUUUUACAACUUUUCGAAUAAUUGCAAAUUUGCCAAUCAUAAAGACACAGGAAGUGACCAGAAAUUAUCAAAUGAAUGAAAUUGUAAACAAUUGGUCAACGGUCCCAAAUAAAAUUGGUUCUUGUGAGCAGAUGAAUUGAUAUACGUUAUUUUAGGAACACUUCCAUUGCCUGCAUGGCUCAUGCUGUAACACCCUGGUUUUGAGGUGGCCCAUGGGUGCUUAUUGGGGGUGCAUACCCCCCCCCCCCACAGAGGUAAUAAAAAAUACCCCCCUCCCCCAAUCUGCAAAACAACAGUGUUCCUGCCAUAGUUUCCAUAAUUUUACCAUGAUAACUUUUGUAUUUUUAAAUAGCCAGAAGAAAAACCACUUCAAGAUUUAAAUGAAAAUCAGUAAGUUUUUAUGGGUAAUCCCAUUUUAACUCAUUAAUAAUCUGCAUUGUUCCCUGAUGCACCCUAGCUACUUUAUUAUUGCUGCAGAGCAUGUGAACCUGAAGCUACGAGCAAAGCAGCAGUCUAAUUUGUGCAUUAUUAAUAUAAUACCGGGUGGCCCAAAAAAAAGUACUCCUGUUUGAUUCGUAAUAACAUCUAAACAAGUAUAGCUUUUAAAGAGAAAUAACUUGCAUCAAAUAGAGGAAGGACUAACUUAGACUUUGAUAUAUUACAGUUGUAUUUCACUUAAAAAUUCACGGAGAUAUUAAUCUUUAAAUUCGGGAGGAUAUUUCUGGAUGUGUCUGAAAUAUGCAAAAAUCGGCGUAUCAAAUAAUAAUCAAGAUUUGCCCGACUGAAACAUGCACUAUUACCAGUAAAUAAAUGACACUUGACAAAUUGUUUAUUAUGAAACAAAGUAUUAUUAUAUCUAUUAAUCCUGCUCUAACCGAGAAAUAAUCAACUUUGUUUUGAACCCAUGAAAAACAUAAAAAAAUAGGUUAUUUAAGAAAAAUUGAAGCGCCUGCCUUGCAUGGUCUUUCAGUACCUUAAGUUUGCAAAGACCUAUUAAAUACUUACAUAAUUUUGAACGUUCAUAUUUCAGGAAACAAUAAGUUAAGACUUACAUGUAAGAUGUCUAAAUCUACGCCAUAUCCCUUACAAACCCUAACGACUAUUCGCUGAAAUACAAUUUACCCUGAUAUGUCAUUAAGCAAACAAACGCUGGAGUGAAAAUUUGAUACGCCGAUUUUCGCUAAUUUUAGACACAUCCCAAAAUAUGCUCCCGAUUUUGAACAUUAAUAUCUCCGUGAAUUUUUAAGUAAAAUACAACUGUAACAUAUCAAAAUCUAAGUUAGUCCUUCCUCUAUUUAAUGCAAGUUAUUUCUGUUUGAUAGAUUUACUUGUUUAGAAGUUAUUAUAAAUCAAACAGGAGUACUUUUUUUUGGGCCACCCGGUAUGUUCCUUUUAAAAAUCAGAGACAGAACAAGUGGUCUCCCAAAAAGCACAGCCCAAUCAGGGAAGGAUGUUGUAGUGGACAGUGUGUGUUCUUACCAGAAGAAACUUGACGGUAACACAGUAAUUUCAGUACAGUAGCAAGUUAAGGAUUUACAUUGAUUCAAUUUGGUCUUAUUCUAUCACAAAAUUUUAUCUGCCAUUUCAAUGCUUGCAUUAGCCUUAAGGCCCAUUUACACACGAUCCAACAUGAAGUUGUAUACGAUUGUCAUUCUGACGCAUUCCUGUUCAUCAGUUUAUGAUGAAGUUUCACAAAUUUAUUUGAGUAUAUAUGAACGACUUACGUGAAGUACUUUUAAGGAGGGCCCUGAAGAGGGGGGAGGGGGGGGGGUGGUCUAGAUCCCAUUUCCCAGCCUAAUUUCCCAGUCUGUAGCUGUUCUGAAAGUUAUUUCACUCUGAAAUGUCCAAGUACAACUGUCUUUAUAUUGGCAUUUGGGUUUUCCCAUUCCCAUUUUUGAGUCCUUCAUUCCCAGUAACCCAAAUCCCAUUUCCCCAGUCCAAAAAUACACAAAUCACAGUUCUCAUUUACCCCUUCAGGACCCUCUUUAAGAGUGCUCACCAGACCAACUAUCUGAAAUUUAUUUUUAAGUUCGUUCAAUGAUCACAACGCCAACUGGACAGCUUGAACUUAACGGGAAAAAACAACAAGGAAAAAACCCAUCACAGGUAAAUACACAAUGCCAUCAAUGGCGUAUAUUUAUAAAGGGGUAAUACAAUACGGGUGCGGAAGAUAUAUCCGUGCACUGACAUUGAAAUACUGUAUAGUAUUUGAUGGAUUCAUGGAGAACACUAACAUAGAUCUAUAUCUUGCUUACAGAGAUUCCAUGCUAUUUUUUUACAAUGUUUGAAUAUUGGAAAAUAUAAAGGGUUUUCGUUAAAGUUUAGGUUAUUCUGAUAUGUCGUAAACAGCUCAUGCAAUCUAAAUUUUUAAAAUUUUGACAUGGGUACAACGUACUGUAACUGGACUAGCCUACAGUAUUGUUACAGUACUGCCGGAAUGUAAAUGUUUCUUUUUGUAACUAUAGUUAGUGGAUAAUUCCGAUCAGGAGCCAAAUGUGAAUGAAGAUAGAAGUGAUGUAAUUGAAAAUCGGUAAGAAAAUUUUGUGAAAGUAUAUUAUGUACAAUUUUAUAAAUUGUACAAUAUCAAUACAGUAAUAAUUAUACUUUAUUGAAAGUUUUACACAAAUUUUUAUGUCACAGUAUUAAUGACAUUCAGAUAUUGAUCAGCAAUAAUGCCAAUGGCUAUUCUCUCUAGACUUUCCCAUGUUGAGGUUCCUUCCUAAAUGGGGGGCGCUAGGAAUGUUCAGUAUGAGAAAUUUCCGGUAUCGGUAUACCGAAAAAAUUAUACCAAUAUUAUCGGUAUACCGGUUUUCCUUUGAUAAUUAUAAAGGAAAAUUCUUUAAUGGGAAUUUCAAGGAAAUUUUGAGUAAUUCUAAAAGGAAAAACGAUAAUUUUGAAGCUGUUUCGAACAUGUUUCGAAUGACACAUACUCAGUGUAAAAUCUCACCGAAGUGGAAAUUCUAAAUCAUUGCACUAGAAAGUUCUCUGCCAUUCAGUAGUAAAAUAAAGGUUAUGGUUUUGCCAUAUAGUUGGUAAAUUUAACACAAUAUACCGAAAAAUUCCGGUAUAUCCGAAAUUUCGGUAUUUCGGUAUGGUUGAAUAUCCGGUACUGAUAUACCGAUAUUGAUUUAAUACCGAUAUUUUCGGUAUAUCGGUAUACCGAACAGUCGUAACCCCCGCCCCUAAAUGUGAUAUUUCUCCGAAAAUUAGAGGGGAAAUGACUGCACACAUGAGAAGCAGAGACAAAUCAGGAAAGGAGUUAUUUGUUCAAGUGGUGUACAGUGUGGAUUCUACCCAAAGUGAAGGUAACACACCAAUUAAAAACAUAAGCAAGUUUUGCAUUCUCAUUUAAUAUCUCCAGGCUUGUGUUCAGUCCUAAUUCAAAACUAUUUGUUGCUCAUGCCAACCUUAAACAUUAUUACCUUAGUGAAAUUAGUGGAUAACUGUAUUUCUAAAAAGAUAGAAAAAAGCAUGGACUAAUGUGUUAAACUACAGAAUGUAUGUAGCACUGUAAUUAUUGCAUUGCUAUAUAAGCUAGUACAAUACUGUGAAUUUGCCAAUUUCAAGCGCUAUCUAUUUUUUUGUAUUUGAAUGCCACUUUUUUUUUAUUUGUUUCCUUUUAUUUAGUAAUAAAUUUACGUGGUGUUUCCACAAACAAGAACAAUUAAACAAGUUAUGUUUCCACAUACAUUUUAGAAUAUGGUGUACCAGCCGAGAAGAGUGACUUUCCUGCUGGAGAAACAAGUCCUGAACGCGAGUCACCUGAUAGCUUUGGGGCCGCAAAAGGUAACGAAGAGGUGCGUUCUCUAAUUGCCAUUAGAAGAUAUGUAAUAAAUGAUUAGUGUAAUAUAUUUUAUGCAUUUACUUUAUAAUCUAUUGUUUACCGUACAGUAUAUCGGUAUAACAGUAAACUCCCAUUAUCAAGAUGUUUAAUUAAAAUCAUUUUACAGUUUUAAAAUUGUGUCUUCAUUUACACAACAUAAUUUAAUCUAAAAAGGCUGAUUUCCCCUGUUGCGUUUUCAUACGUAUACGCACCUGCCUCGUACCCAGGCGCUUACAUGAAUCAUGUAAACUCGUCAUAUGCGCAUCACUGUUUUUUUUUACAAAGAGACGCCUGGGUACGAGGCAGUAUACGCACGUAAAACCAAUCUCGUUCCCCGAGCCUGCGAUCCUCGGGAAGGAACGCGAGCACUCAGUGAACGCGAGGCUCUGGGAUAAUCCGUUUCAGGGAGGAAUCUGAUUGGCCAUUGAAAUGGAAUGCGUAGUUCAAUCUUAGCCAGGAUUCUUGGCUUCCGGUAACAGAUUAUUCCGAGGAUCGCAGGCUCGGGGAACGAGAUUGACGUAAAACUUUAAAUCCGUAUAAAUGUUACUUAUGAAAUAAACAAAUAAACGAAGCAAGUUUUACGUGCGUGUACCUGCGUUCCAAAAACGCAACAGUAGAAAUCAGCCUAUAUAGUGUGUAGGCGCGAAAAUUGAAAUAAUCUAUAUAUGAACGAUUCAGUGCAUGUGAUGUUAAUAUCAUCCAACCCAAACAGUAUAGCUACUUGUGAAUAUUCUGUUUAAAGAUGCGGUUUUAAGGCUCGUUUACACUUGUCUUAGGUGCUAUUUUCUUCUUUGAUGGAUGUAAACGAGUGGACGAGUUAUGAACGUUCGGUACAUAUACUCAGAGCAUUCAUAACUCAUCUACAUGUACUCGUUUACCUCCAUCAGAAGGAAAAAAUCGCACUAGAAAUCGCAGAAAAAUUGCAAGACUAGUGUAAACAGCCAAACAGUAUAUAAUUCUUAAUAUAACAGAUUUUAUGUAUUUCUUCAAACCAAUAAUUAAACAUUUUGUUAAUUUUAUGUCCAUCUGCAGGCAAGUUUAAUUGAAACAGACAAUGACUGUGUCAAUGUUACAGAUAAUUCAGAAGCCCAGUCAGCAAGGUAUAAACAUUAUUUUAUUAUUUUUGGAAAAUAUCAAGGAAUUUGACAAUUCCACUUGAGUAAUGCCAUGCCUCCUUGCAAGUUACUUGUAGUUGGUAGAAUCUAAUUGUUUGCUCGAAUGUAUUACACCGGAAUUUUGUUCCCUCGCAAAAGCAAAACGCAUUUUAAGAGCAGAAUAUCUGGUGUGGAAUUAAAUACUAAACUUAAAUUCGAAUACUAAACUAAAUAUAAUAAGGUUGUAUCUAAUUUAGAUUUUAUGCUUUUUUAUUGGAAAAUAACAAAGCUUUUCUUUUUAAUAGCGAUACUGAAUUCGACACAUUUGAACCAUUGGGUGAUGCCUAUAAAGGAGAUGCCAUGAUUCCGGUGUUUUCCUGGUCUAAAAAAGCCUAUACAGCCGAAGAAUUGGUUUGCAUUCUUUUGGGAGAAUACAGCGAGGAACGUCUCUGUAUAUCACAGCCCGUUAACAUCUCACACAAUGUGACCUUUUUAGUUCAAAUGAGUCAUUUAAAACAUCCAGACGACAUUAAAUGCGAUGAUAUGGGCAGCUGGAAACACAAUGGUUCGCCGAAACAUUGUUAUUGCGUCACGAAGGGUACAAAAGGGAUUACAAGUAUCCAAUCCUUAAUAACGAACCCAUCUGAACCUGCGGAUGAUGUGUACGUACUGAAAAGGGUAUAUUACCAGAAUAGCUCGGACGAGACUAUCAGGAAGUUGGUCGCAAGAUUGGAAGGUUAGUGUAUUGCUAAGAUUUUUUAUUUUAUUACUAUAGCAUUGCAGUAGCCUCGUGGGGAUGCUUUUAGAGACAGCUGCAAUUAAAAUUUUGAAUUGUCGCGUGUAGCAUCACAAUAUAGUAAAUAGAUAAAUUGUAUAAGUUUCACAAAGCAAGUUUCUGAUGUGUAGGCUUGUUUCAAACGUCACGCUACUCGUGUGCCGAGCGCAUUAAAAGCAAUAGAUAAUGAGAUGAAAUGCCGUUGGCAAUUGUUUAUUUCGUAGUGUAAGCCAUCAGCUUUUGUAGGUUGGCAGCGACCCCUAUAUAGUUCUGGCAGUGUCUUUUUCAAUUUGAAACUUCACACUAUCCUUGGAUCCCUAGUUUAUAAAAGCGCCAUGGCAUAAAAGCACGCCCCGACCUACCCGACUCAAAGUUCUAGACGGAAGGCCUUGGCUCGGAAAUUAAAGUCUUAAUCGAACAAGGUCAACGUCCAUUGGGGGAAAAGGAAACUUUACGAAAACAUUAUACUCAUCUGUAUACUAGAAAUACAUGCAUGCAGCAACCCCUCGCCUUUUUUAACAGAUGAGGUAUAGAAAUUCCAUUCAACAUGAAGUACUCCAUGUUCAAAAUAGUAAUAGUCGCUAUGGUAACAUGAAAAUAAUAUGAGAAAAUAAUAGGAGAUAAUUUUUUACAAAAAGAAUCGUUGAUUUUCAUAAUUUGUUAUUCAAGAAAUGUAACGGUAUUAAAGCGUUUCGAAACUUUGCCGUGGAACUGCAGGGGAAACUGAAACACUCGUUUUGUUGACAGUAUAGUCAGUAAUUUGCUCGAAAAUACGGUAAAAUAUAUUUGCUUUAUAUAAGCAAAAGCUAGUUUUUGAGUUAUACUUUGGUGAAGCCAUAUUUGCUGUAGGUAACAGACCAUUAUAAACACGCAUAAAAACACUAUACGCUGUAUUAAUUGCCCUAAAUAAACAAUAUUUAGAAUCACUACAUUUAUACAUUUUCAUGUAAAUACCAGCUUGCAGAAAAAUAUAUUAUUUAUUGAGUCAAAUGGCAUAAAAAUUUCGUCGAUAUGAAUGAAAUCGAAAAUACAAAGCAAGUACGGUAUGAAAUUUUUAUACUGAAAUGUUUAUAACACUUACCCAAGAUAGCCAAGAGUCAAGAUAACGAUUAAAUUUUAUAUUAAAAACAUCGAUCUGGUUCGUCUUCGACAAAAUUCGUGUUUAUCAGUUUAUAACUUUAUGCAUGCCUUUCACACUUUGUUUCACGGUUGACAGCCACUAAUUCAUGAAACUGCAGGAUUUUUUCCAGUUAAAUAGCGAAAUACAUCGCAGAAAUAUAUUGUAAAAUAUCAAAAUACAUCUUUGCAAAAUGAAAAACAAUAUUUUUAGAAUUUUAGGACGAGCUAUUACACGUACAUGCGCAAUAACAUCGAAGACCGUCCAUCACAUAAUGGAGGACAACUUUGCACUUCGCUAUGUUUUCAAAUACCCGGGUGUAAAUAGCCGGGCGGAAUUAGUACCCUCGCACGGCGCUUCGCGCCGCCGGCUCGGGGAUAAUUACAUGACCCUGUCAAAAAUUAUAGUUCGAAUCCCGCUUUCAUAAUAAUAUGAAACUAGCAUGUCAACGACUAAACAAAAUGACUAUUUUCUUUAGACAAUCAUGGAAAUCCUUUACCUUACGUCUUGGUACAGUACUUAUUUAAGGGAAAAGAACACGAGCUGGAGCGAGUAAUGCCUCACGGGAGUGCAAAGACCACUAAAUCUUCUUACAGACGAUUACAGCCUAGUACCAGAGAAAAAUUGAAAAUUUCCGUACACGAUAAGGAAAAAACCACUAAAGAGAUCCUCGACAAAGUUUAUCGUGAAUCCGGUGAUGUAACACAUGCUAGAUCUGCUAGUGAACUUCCGAGAGGACCAAAAGAUCUGUAUAAUGCAAGACAUCUGGCAAAACAAACGGAUGGGCAUGCUGAACAUACGAACACAUGUGCACAUGCUAGCAAACCAAACGAUACACCAAGUGUUACAAUUGAAGAUGUUUGGACGCUUCUUGAGCGUGCUAAACGCGAAGAAGAACAAUCAAACGAAUCUGUGUUCAUACGGGAGUGUGCCAUUCAUCCCUACCUUUUCAUUGUCCUUGCGAACGACAGACAGUUGCAUGAACUAACUCAAUUCUGCACCAAGCAGGACGAAUUCAGCGUGUCUGGAGUUGAUCCCACGUUCAAUAUAUUUGAUCGGAACAUAAGUUUGACAGUAACGACAUUCCGAAAUUUGAAGUUAGUCAAUCCAAACACAAAUAAACCGCCAGUUUUCAUCGGGCCAUUGAUGAUGCAUCAACAUAAAGAUUGGAAAACUUAUUCCAAAUUUUCUCACGCAUUAACUUCUGCAAAACCAGAGUUGGAAGGCAUCCUUGCAUGUGGCACAGAUGGAGAAACGGCACCGAUAAAAGGAUUUCAGCGUAACUUUCGUUUCGCCGUUUUCCUUCGCUGUUUCAUCCACUUCAAGGAAAACGUAAAACGCGAGCUCUCUUCCCGAGGAUUCCCUGCAGACGUGAAAAAGUUAUUCAUGGAUGAAAUCUUUGGGACACAAGAUGGAUCUUGUAAGUUUUACGGACUCGUAGAUCGGGAUUCCGAAGCUGAAUUUGAUGAUAUGUUGCAGAACCUACAAGGUGCCUGGGAAGAGCGAGAAAGUCGUCGUAGUGAUGGUAUUAAGCAAUCCUUUUUCGAAUGGUUCAAGAAUAAUAAGGUAACACAUUAUAAUUUUACUUUCAGUAAAAAAAAAACUAGUAUAGGUGCGUUUCAUCGUGACGUAACAAAAUUUGACCAAAACGUUUCGAUCAUUUUUGAGGUCAUAUUAGAAUCCACGUCUUAAUCUUAAAGAUGAUUUUUUAACUAAAUUGUACGUAUGACAUUUAAAACAGCCUUGGAACAAAAUGCUGUAAAAAAUUCAACCCAAAUCGCCGUGACUGGAGGAGAAAUACGUGAAUCGACAAAAAUAUGAAACACAAAGUGCAAUUACGGUACCAUUAUGUAAUGGCUGUAUCUUUGUUACUCCGCUCUGGCUGGCAACAGUGAAAGAAUUCUGCACUGUUAGAUAUAUAGUUAGUUUGGUGGCAUACCCUAUAUGCAGUUUUAUACACAUUGAUAGCGUACGUAUUCAGGUUUUGUUUUUAUCUUAGGCUGAAGACAUGAAAACAUCCAUGAUAAGACCCGUUCGCACUGAGGCUGGGCUCGGAAAUCCGCCCGUCGAGUAUACCAAUAACGAUCCAGAAUCUGCAAAUUUUUUAAUUAAACACGGUCUUCAUUUCAAUGCGCAAAAGCCACACCAGUUUAUUGAAAAGAUCAAAGACAUUGUGGAAACUCAGCAACGAAAUGAAGAUCGCGCUGUGUACGGAAAGGGACAAUACCGUCUGAGGAAAGAAUUCCAACACUUGGGUGUGGACGAUCACCAACGAAGCCAAAUGACACCUUUGCAAACGAAAAAGAAACUGGCGUCUUACUUGAAUGCGGGUAUGGACCAAAAGAAAGAUGUCACUGCAGAACUGGUUAACCAAAACAAGAACGUUGAGACAACGUCAGCUUCAGACUUUGAAACUGCUGUUCGAAGUGCGAAUAUUUUGAAUGUGCCACCUUCCAUAAUAGAUGGAAUGAUAUCGAAAGCGAGCAACCUGUUAUCUACGCCUGGAAACGUCAUCCCAAAACCCGGCGCGACUGAUGGCUCAUAUAUUGUAGCUGGGACAGCAAACAAACUUCACAGCGUGAAACCUGGCAAAGGUGGAUCAUGGACAUGCGACAGAACGUGUAUUAACAAUUCAACCAAAAUAUGCGAACACACUUUGGCAGUAGCCCAAGCUACCGGGCGGUUAAGCGAAUUUCUCACGUGGUUUGGUCGUACAAGGAAACGACCAAAUAUGAUGGGAAUGGUAGAACAAGGUGGUCCGAAAAGUGCUGGAAAGAAACCAUCGUCGAGAAAGCGUUCAAAUCUUAAAUCUCAGCCUGUCAACGAAUAUGUCGACAUCUUCGAUCGUGAAGCAUAUGCACGCAACGAGACCUCGAGUCGAGAACGAAGCAGUUCGCACACGUCGUUUCCGUCUAUGACUGCAUUUAGCCCUUGGGAACCAAGAUCAACACCAAGAACAACUUCAACUACUCAUGGUACCUGUGAUUCUGCAGCCUUCUUCAAACGAGUUAUGCCACCUUCAAGUAGCGGCUACCGCUUGGAAACAUCACCUUCCCACCCGAGUUCUUCAUACUCAACCCCAUUUGCUUUACAAACUGAUACGCCCACAUCGACUGCGAUACGCCCUCAACACUGCCAUUCUGUUGUUUAUCAACAGCCACUUAUCAACAACCAUCAACAACAAGCUACGCCUUCACCGCAACGUUAUGCCAACACAUCGUAUUUAGCGACUCCCAGCAAUUCUCGCAUCUGUGGUAUUUCACAACCUUCUGCGUCUGUUUCUGUCUUUUAUAACUCCACCCCUUCGCCUUUAUCAUCUGGAGCUUCUG